AUGUGUCAGCCCCAGCUGCUGCUGGCCCUGCUGCUCCUGCUUCCCUGCCUGUGGGCCAGUGCCAGUGCUCUAGAGGGUCAGAUUGUGGGGGGCCACGAGGCUCAGCCCCACUCCCACCCUUACAUGGCAUACCUGAAGGCAGGGAAGUUUGCCUGCGGAGGCUUCCUGGUGGCCCCUGACUGGGUGAUGACAGCUGCACACUGCAUGGGGCAUGCCACAAUCAUCCUGGGGGCUCACAACAUCCACGAACCAGAAACGACCCAGCAGAUCCGGGGAGUUCUCAGAUACCACCAGCACCCUGGAUACAACCCCAAGACCGUCUCUAACGACAUCAUGUUGCUCAAGCUGACGGCAAAGGCCACACUCAAUGACUAUGUCAAGACCAUUCCACUGCCCAAGACCGGCAGUGACCUCCCCACGGGCACCAAGUGCAGCAUAGCCGGCUGGGGCCUGAUCGAUGAUGACCAGGAGACCAACAAGCUCUUUGAAACCAAAGUCUCCAUCUACAGCCGCAGGAAAUGCAUCCGCUUCUAUCCACAUCUCGACACCGGCAUGGUCUGUGCCGGCAGCUUCCAUGAGCUCAGGGACUCCAGCCAGGGAGAUUCUGGUGGGCCCCUGGUAUGCAAUAAGGUGGCACAAGGCAUCGUUUCCUUUGGGCACCACGCCCCGCCGGGGGUCUACGCCCGCAUCUCCAACUACCUGCCCUGGAUCAAAAAAACUAUGGAGAAGUAG